AUGCGUCUUUCCAUUAGAUCUGUCGCUGCUAUGGCAGCCGCCGCUGUCGCGGCCCUCCUCGCCCUCUUUGCCGCUGGUGCCGAUUCCAUUCCCAUGGUGCCGGUCUAUGCGCAUCCGCUGGGCCCCCGGUCUACCUGUGCCGCUACCGGGUCGCCUUUCGACUUCAAGAAGGCCUCAUCGGCAUUGGAGGCUGCCUCGGUCCAUUGGUCGAAGGCCCUCAAAGAUGUAAACAGUGCGAAGCUGUGGAACCUGACCGCCGCGUACCGUGCCGCUGCCAAGAAAAUCGCGGGAACAUUCUCUUCGGUUGAGGAGGUUACCUCGUUGAAGAUCAUGCUAGUUGUGGGCACGAGUAGCUUGGCGGCGCUUUUGGGUUCGGGUCCUGGUGCCCUGGUGGCGAGGGGGGUUUUGGGGAGUGCGCUGCAGGAGGCGUGGCUCGUGGAGUGGGCGGGAUACCCCAAGCCCAAGCCCAAGCGGCCCACCGUGUUUGAGGAGUGGCUCGGGGAGUGGGCGAGAUACAAUCUUUAA